CGGCUGCCUUUUUCUUCCCAGCCCCUACCUGCCUGCCUGCCUGCCUGUCCUGCCGCCUCUGGCUUCUCCGGUCUGGAGAAGGAGGACUCGGAUUGCUUUUCGCCAUGGAUUACCAAGACGCGUCUCGGCUCCGCGCCCUCGCGCCCCGGCAAUGGACGGGUGCGGGACCAUGGCUGCUCACCUCCAGCACAUCUCAGCGAUUUAUCCAAAGGAACCUGAAGAUCCUGAAGAUCCUACCAAAAGGCUUACAGACAAAAUUAAAGAAAAAACAUAAGCGUGGUGGCUCCGCGGGCAGCGACUGGCCCAGGCCCGAGACGUGAGGCGGGCGCGGCCGCCUGAGAGGGGGGGUGGCGGCGGCCACUUUCUGAGCGGGCGCCCGAGGCCUCGGCGAGCGCGGAGCCCCAGAAGAUGCAGAAGGCCGCCUACUACGACAACGCGGCGCUCUUCGGCGGCUACGGCGCCUACGGCAAGGCCGACGCCUACGGCUACACCUCGGCCCCGCCGCAGCCUUACGCCCAGCCGGCCCUCGACACCGACUACCAGCAGCAGCAGCAGCAGGCCCAGGCGCCGCAGCCCCAGGCCCAGCAGCAGGCCCAGGCGCCGCCCCCGGCGCUGCCCUCGCCCUCCCCGCCCAGCGCCAACCCCAUCCACGCGGGGCCGGCCAAGAAGGGCAAAGGCGGGCCCAACGCCUCCUCCGGCGGCUCGGCGGCCACCAUCAGCAAGCAGAUCUUCCCCUGGAUGAAGGAGUCCCGCCAGAACUCCAAGCAGAAAAACAGCUGCGCCCCUGCAGGGGAAUCAAACCGCAUGAAAACCCCUCCCGGGCCAGAAUGUCGAAGCGUCCGUAGAACCUACACCCGUUACCAGACCCUGGAGCUGGAGAAGGAGUUCCACUUCAACCGCUACUUGACCAGGCGUCGCCGGAUCGAGAUCGCCCACGCGCUCUGCCUGACCGAGCGCCAGAUCAAGAUCUGGUUCCAGAACCGGAGGAUGAAGUACAAGAAGGACCAGAAAGCCAAGGGGAUCCUGCACUCCCCGGUGGGCCAGUCCCCGGACCGCAGCCCGCCGCUCAGCGGGCCCAACCACGUCGCCUACUCCAGCCAGCUCCCCACCGUCAACAGCCUCGGCAGCUACGACGCCCCCUCGCCCACCUCCUUCGCCAAGUCCCAGCAGAACAUGUACGGCCUGGCCGCCUACACGGCGCCGCUCAGCAGCUGCCUGCCCCAGCAGAAGAGGUACCCGGGGGCCGAGUACGACCACCACGCCAUGCAGAGCAACGGCGGCUUCGCCAACCCCAGCCUCCAGGGCAGCCCCGUCUACGUCGGGGGGAACUUUGUCGACUCCAUGCCGGCCUCCGGCCCCAUGUUCAACAUCGGCCACCUUUCCCACCCGUCCUCGGCCAGCGUGGACUACAGCUGCGCGGCCCAGAUCCCCGGGAACCACCACCACGGACCCUGCGACCCCCACCCCACCUACACAGAUCUGACUUCUCAUCAUACAUCUCAGGGAAGAAUUCAGGAAGCCCCCAAACUGACGCACCUGUAGUAGUCUGGAAUGGAUUCCGAGAAAGAGACAGACAGAGAGAGUGAGAGACACAGAGAGAGAGAAAGAGAGAGAGAGAGAAAGGAAGGAAGUUUUGACAUGUUUUAAAUUACCUCACUCCCCUCCCGCCCCCCUUGAAGUAUUACUUUUGAGCAGCCUGAGUAUUAGUGGAUUUAUAUUUUGGGUCUCCUCAGUAAACAGUUAACACAAUCUUGUCUCUUCUUUGGUGACGACUCCUGUGUUGACAAAAAUGAUGAUGAUUUUUUUUUCUUUCGGUGGAGGGUUCUUUUAAACAUUUUUAGCCGUUCAGAAGCAUGACAGUGCAAUAUCCUUUUUCCCCCUCCUUAAAAAAAUAAAAUAAAAACACACCCUGACCAUAUACCCACAAAGAAGUCAUAACUGGUAAUGAUGUACUGGAAGGUAAGUUAUAGUAAUCUAUCAGUUUUUAGCAGCAAGCGAUUCUUGAAGAGGAGCUUACGUCUAUUGGGACCAAAAUGGAGACAUUUCCCAAAAGCUAAUUUAUAUUUUUUAAAAAAUUCUUCAGCAAUGUAAAAGAUUGCAUUGGACUUGAAUAAGAUGUAUUUAUUAUUUUAAGAGGAGCGGGUUUUUAUUUUUGUUUUUGUUAUGUAUCAUUGAUUAUUUAAUCCUGGUCUUCUUCAAUGUAUUUAUGUGGAUAUCCGUAGUUUCUUCACUGCCCCCUCCCUCCCCCAACUCGGGAAGAUUGAUUCAGGUCUUUGAUGGCUAUACAUCUCCCCCCCACCACCUAUUUAGUAUAUUUGGUCUGAAAUAGAAAGAGUAGUUUUGAACAGUUGUAACAGUGGCUGGUGUUUGUAGUUUGUGUAAGGAUUAAGUAAAACAGCAAAUUGUAAAUCAAGUCAUAAAUUAACACAAAACUGGAGCAUUAUACAGGGAGCCCUUACCUUUUUAAAAAUCUAAAAAAUAUAGUAAUUUAUUUCACAUUGUUUGGAACCAUUUUGAUCGCUUGUUUAGAAUUUAAAAAACACUCUGUUCAGGUUGGGAGUGUCUCUCAUUUAGCUUAAUCUGUCACCUCUGGGUUGUUUGAAUUCUGUUCUACAGGGAAAAAAACAAACUGAGAAACUGAGAACUUUUUGUCAGUUGCAACCCCCCCCCCCUGUUUUUGUCUGUUUUCCCCCAGAUAAAAUAGCAAAACGUUCACAUUUACAAGAUUAGGAACAAUAUAAAGGUGUAGACGGAAUUUGGAUUUCCAUAGAGCAACUCAGACUGCAACUGUCCAUUUCAUUGAAUAAAUAAUUAUGAUUUACAUUUUAUUUAUG